AGAGCAGUUGAUGAAUCCAUAAUCGGUCAUACGUCGGCAGCCCCGAUGCCCGAUCUAGUGUGUCCUCCCACUCCAUGUUCCAUGCCUCCUCUGCCGCAAAAGGGCCUCUCCUCCCUUCGUCCCUAUAUACCCUUGAUCGAUCCUACCCCUCUAGCCAACACAACAGCCCAACACUGCACUCCCUGCCGCCGUAGAUGGAGGGCGGUGAGGGUGAGAUCGGGAGCAGCGGCGGGCAUCUCGUGCCUCUCCUCGGCGGGCACGGCGGCGGCUUGGACGCGUCCCUCCUCCGCCGCUUAUACGUUGGCCACUUCCUCGCCAGAUGGGGCGCACGCAUGUGGGAGUUCUCGGUGGGGCUGUACAUGAUCCGCAUCUGGCCGGACUCCCUGCUCCUCGCGGCCGUCUACGGCGUCGUCGAGUCCUCCGCCGUCGCCGUCUUCGGCCCCAUGGUCGGCGCCCUCGUCGACAGGCUCACCUACCUUCAGGUUUUGGGCCUCUGGCUGCUAGUUCAAAGCUUAUCCUUCAUCGUCGCUGGAGUCUCGGUGACCGCACUCCUUGUCUACGACAACCUGAAAGCCACAAGUUUUCCGGUCUUCGUGGCUCUGCUUGUGGUGACUAACGUGUCGGGCGCGCUUGCAGCGCUCUCAACUCUCGCCGGCACAAUACUCAUCGAGCGAGAAUGGGUGGUGGUGAUUUGCAGCGGGCAUCCGCCGGCGGUGCUGACCAAGACCAACUCGGUGAUCCGGCGGAUCGACCUGAGCUGCAAGCUGCUGGCGCCGGUCCUGUCCGGGUUCGUCAUCAGCUUCGUGUCGACGCAGGCCUCUGCGGUGGCGCUGGCGCUGUGGAACCUCGCCUCCGUGUGGCUCCAGUACUGGCUCUUCGUCUCCGUGUACACCGCCGUGCCCGCUCUCAGCGGGAACGUCCGGCUGAGAAGGGACACCGCAGAGGCAGCGCUGCUGUCGGCAGAGAUCGUAGCGCCCGUGGCCCAUGGGGAUCAGGUGCACGGUCAGGACGCGUUGGAUUGGCGGGUGAAGCUGACGAAGCAACUCUCCAUCCUGCCGUGCUGGGAUUCCUGGGCCGUGUACAUGAGGCAGGAGGUGGUGCUCCCUGGUGUCGCUCUGGCUUUCCUCUAUUUCAACGUCCUAAGUUUUGGUACGCUGAUGACGGCGACUCUGGACUGGAAAGGCAUCCCGGCGUACGUGAUCAGCCUGGCUCGCGGGUUCAGCGCCAUUAUCGGGAUCGCGGCGACGUUGCUGUACCCGGUGGUGCACUCCUGGGUGUCCACGCUCCGGACGGGGCUCUGGUCCAUCUGGAUGCAGUGGUGCUGCCUGCUGCUGUGCGUGGGGUCGAUCUGGGUGGCCGGCGGCGUGGCCUCGGCGUGGGUGCUCAUGGCCGGCGUCGCGGCGUCGCGGCUCGGGCUCUGGAUGUUCGACCUGGCGCUCAUGCAGCUGAUGCAGGACAGUGUCCCGGACGCGGACCGGUGCGUCGUCGGAGGCGUGCAGAACUCUCUGCAGUCCAUGUUCGACCUGCUCACCUACAUCAUGGGCAUCGUCAUCUCCGACCCCAGGGAUUUCAGCGAGCUGAUCGUGCUGUCCUUCUUCCUGGUGACCUGCGCGGCGCUCAUGUACACGCUGCACGUCUACCGCGAGCGGAAGCACCUGUUCCACCUGGAAAAGAUCUUCGCCAACAUGGACUGGAUAAAAAAUUCUUGAUCCGGUUCGCAUUGAUCAGGACAGGAGUGAGCUGCCAAACAAUUUGGGCCUUGUGCAGGCUGUUGUACAGGUUUUUUUUUCUGUCAGAUCUGUCUACCGUGGAUAGUUUUUUAAAUUACCAGUGGGCAGUGGCACAGUGGAAGAUCGAUCUAUUGUUGUUUUCGUACUGUAAAAAAAUGGCGCGGCUCGUGAUCAGCACCUGCAGUGUGCACAACAUUGUAUCAUUUGUAUGGUCAAGGGGUAAUAUAUGGAUGCAGCGAACGAAAUA